AUGGCAAGCACCUCCUCUCUGCCGCUCGCGUCUGCGUCUAUCGCGGCUGCGCUCCUCGUCUACCUCCUUCUCAGCCGCAGCAGGCGGGCUCCCAUCGCUCCCAUCGUCCUGCCGCCCAAGGAGGCGGCCAACGGUGUGCUGCGAGACUUUGUGGUGGAGCGGGUUCUGAGGCGGAGAGGUGCGCUGCACAUCUUCGAGACGCUGCCGCCCAAGCACACCGCGCUCGUCAUCAUCGACAUGCAGCACACCUUUCUCGACGCGGGAGCCGCGGUCGAGGUGCCUCUCGCCCGCGGCACCGUCGGCAACAUCAACGCCUUGGCCCGUGCGGUGAGGGAACGCGGCGGCCGCGUCAUCUGGAUCGCGCACGCCAACACGGUGCUCGGCGCCGGCGACAACGACUGGGCAGCCUUCCGGUGCCACUUUGUGUCCGGCGUCCACCGGAAGCGGUACGUCGAGUCGCUGUCUCCGGGCGCUCGAGGCCAGCGGAUCUGGUCGGAGCUGAUGGUGGACAAGGCCGACAUCGUCCUGCAGAAGAACCGCUACUCUGCCCUGAUUGGCGGCUCGUCCCAGCUGGAGCGCGUCCUGCGCUCGGCCGACCUGACGACGGUGCUGCUCGCCGGCUGCAAAACAGACGUGUGCGUCGAGUCAACGGGGCGGGACGCCAUGAUGCUGGACUUUGGCGCGGUGAUUGUCGAGGACUGCUGCGCGGCGCUGACGCACGAGGAGCAUCGCGACGCGUGCGAGACGUUCGUCCAGCAGUUUGGCGACGUCAUGUCGUCGGCGGAGGUGGUCGCCGCCCUCGACCGCGGCGCAGCCGACUGCUCAGUGACCCGGCCGAGGUCGGCAAUCGCGUAG